AUGGCUUAUGGUUUUGAGCCAGUCUAUGAGCACUUCAGAAAGCAAGCUCCACCUAGUUUUGAAGGGAAAGCUGACCCUGUGGUGGCAAAGGAUGGAUUGAAGGUGGACGAGUUCGUGACUUUGGUUCAAGGGAACCUUUCUGUUACCAACUAUGCAAAGAAGUUUGAUAGGUUUGCACUUGAGGUAUUACCAAUCGAAGCCAUGCGGGUGCAAAGGUUUAUGAGAGGGCUUAAGCCAAUGAUUGCUAGUGAUGUCAAGAUGACCAGUGCUGAGGUGGUCAGUUUUGCUGAGGUAUUGGAUAAGGCACUCGAAGUGGAAUACUUGGAGGACUGUAUAUGGAAGGACAAUGCUGCAAGAAGGGAGGCCAACAGAAACAAGGGCUUCAAUGAGGGCAAUAAGAGGAAGGCUAAUGAAGAGCAGAACAGUGGCACUGAUAAGAGGCCUAGACCCCUGGCCACAAAUAAAAAUAAUCACAACAAUCAUAACCACAACAACAAUCAUAACAAUCACAACAAUGAUCGUAACCGCAAAAAUCACCAGAACAAUAGAGUUGAGCACCCCAGCUGCCCUAAAUGCUCCCAAAGACACUUGGGAGAAUGUGAGGCUGGCACCAAAAAAUGUUACAAGAGCGGUCAGGCAGGCCAUCUGAAGAAGGAUUGCCCACAGUGGAAAGCGGGGCAUGGCAGUAACAGCAACCUAGUGCCAGUGAUGGUUUUUGCAUUGACCCAAAAAGAGGCAGCAAACAGAAACACCAUGGUCACAGGUCAGCUCCUUAUUUCUGGUAUGAUAUGUGGAGUCUUCAUGGAUUAUGGAGCGACUCACUCUUAUGUUGCUAUGAAUGUGAUUGACCAAUCGGGUAUGCCUUAUAAAGUGUUUGAGCGUAGUUUUAGUAAAAUGUUACCGUCAGGAGACAUGAUGUCAUCAACUAGGUGGUUACAGUCAGCAUUUAUAAUAGUAGAGGGCAGAGAGUGCCCGACAAACUUUAUAGAGUUAAACAUACCAGACUAUGAUGCCAUACUUGGCAUGGAUUGGUUAUCAAAACAUGGAGCAACGACUGAAUUUCAACAAAAGAUUGUGGAAUUCAAACCAGGGGAAGGAUAA